CUUAGUUGCAUAACGUCUUGAAAAUGACGAGCUACAUCACGACGACGACUCGAAGUCUCCCGCGGGCUUUGCACGUGCCACUUGUCCUGUUGCUCCUGGUGCCGCACGCUAGUUCUUUCAGCAUUUCAUGGUAAGUAAGUACCUAUACUUCGUACUGUAUUGUAUCCUCGUUUAUAUUUUUUAAAGAAAAAAUAAAAAAUCAGCUAGAAUAACUCACCAAAAACCUGUAUGAAUACCUGUGCUUAUACCUAUAUGAAAAAAGUGACUCCGUUCGCGGAAAUCACUUCAAAUACAAAAGAGGAUUGGUUUUGAUAUAAAAAAAAAAAAUUAUUUUUAUUGAAUACAUAGAUACAAUAUGCAAUAAAAUUCCAAAACAUUUUAUUUUCACUGUACAAAAUGUGUUAUAAUUAUUUAUUGUAAAUUAUUAUGUAGAUUUGCUAUGUUUUUUUUUACUAUAAAAAUCAAUCUCUCAUAGUAAAAGACAGACAGACUUACUAUAUAGUACCUACCUAAUACCAUAAUAGAUAUGCGCAUAAUUUUUUGAAUAUUUUAUAAUAUUUUUUGAAUCUAAAUUAUUUCUGAGAUUAGGUAUCGAUUGUUUUUAUGUUUUAUUUAGAUGAAAAUAGUGGCUAUUUUUCCCAAAACUUGCCCAAGUAUUACGAACUCGUUUUUGAGUAUUUUUCUGACACGAACGGUAAAACGGGCUUUUUGUUCGAAGCGUUUAAAUUCUUUCGACAUAAUCGUUCUAAAAUAUAAUUAUUUUUGUUUAAAAAAAUAGCUCAAAAGUAAAGGCUUUGCUGUAAAUUGAAAUAAUAUUAACGAGUAACUACCGACACCGGAACGCAAAAUUAUUUUAUAUCACGCACGUGCCACCCAAAUGAUACUAUUGACAACAAAUUAUAUUAUUACAAUAAUAUGCAACUCUGGUAAUUCUGGCACUUUUGAAAAAUGGAAAUAUGUACAUGCUAGAGUCGUUUCUAAGACAAUGUAAUACAAACGAAUUGAUUAUAGUGCUAAAACCUUAACGAAAAUUGUUUUGAUUUUGAUAAUUCUAUCAAACCAUCCGUACUUGAAUAGUUAAAUGGUAUAAUUUAAUGACAAAUAGGGAUUUUAAAACCGGAUGCAAAUAAAAGCAAGUAGCUGAAAUAAAACCAAAUAAAACUUUUCUCGUAAUUUUAUUUUCGAUAUAAGCAGAACAGCUAUUGUGGUAAGACGAUAUUUUUUCAAACGUCAUAGCAGCAUAUUUUGCUCUCGUUUUUUUCAAUGUUCAAAUAACUCUGAUCAUCUUAGAGGUCCGUUCAUGGAAGUGAAAAUAUUUAAGUAAUGUUCAACAACAAAAUAAACGCAGUUAUUAUUAUCAUUUUUUAAUACAACGGAGCAACAUAAUUUUUUGAGGUGGUACCUAUACUUACACAGUCCGUGUCGAGUGCUCUUUGUUUCGGUUAUCCACGCAAACCUAUAAGACGUUAUACGAUUAGAGUAAAACAAUAGUGUUGUUGUAUACUUACAUGUCAGAGACAAAAUUAAUAAAAUGUCAGUCAUCGAAAACAUAAACGGUUUACAUUAAAAAAUUGUGUUUUAUAAACAAUAAAAUAUCUAAAUUUAAUUUUUAAUUUUUUUUUUUUUUAAUAACAAAUUCGCAAACUACAUAGACGACUACACGAUCGCUAUAGCUACUUGUCAAGCCCAUUGGAUAUUCUCCAAAACUCGUUUAUUAUAUACACUAUAAUUAAUAAAAAAAAAAAAUUAAUUAAUAAAAACAUGUCGAUUUGGCUCAAUUCGUAAAAUAAUAACGCGCUUAAUACGAUGGUAUACGAUUUAAUAUGCAGACAAGUGACGCAGUGAUCAUUUGAUUCUACGCGCAACGACACCUGCAGUUUUUUAGUGGCGUAACCGGUAAAUCAAUUUCGUUCGAAUUAACAAAAAUACAAUUUACCAUAAAAAUUGUAAUAUACCAUUUAAAAAUUGCAUACCUGCCUUAUUAUUAUGUAUCAAUCAUACAAUAAACUCUGCAUUUAAUUAAUCGAUUUGAUCCCACUAUAAUAUCAAUAUAAUAUAUAGUUUUCAAAAAAAAAAUUUUUUUAACGGGGAGGGUUUGUACCCUCUACGACCACCAUUCCCCCUCAUUUGGCUGCACCGCCGUCAGAUUUAUAAGUCGUUGACAAAAACAGAUUGUGUUUAAAUGUAUAUAUUAUUUAAACGUUAUUUUAUCGUUGUGGAAUUAGGUCAUUUUAGCGCAGGGUUUACGAACUUUUGAAUAAUAUUAAACCGUCACGACAAUAUCACAACAAUAUUUGUGAACUAUGCUAAUACACGCGCUUAUUAUAUACAAAGGAAGGCAAAUAACAUAUUAGGAUGUGUACAUAUAAAUAUUAUAUAUUAUACCGAUGAACUAAAUACAUUAUUGAGCAAAAGCCGACAUUUUUAUUUUUUUCGAAUCGCUGAUGUAAACAAGUGUUAUGUUUGCGACCGCGUAAAUAAAAUAAUUUUGGUUUUUUUCACAUAGGUAUACAGUUCACUUUUACCCGUUAAUUCUUAACAGCCGUACGAUUCAUUUAUUGCAUACCUAUUAUUAUAAUUCUCUAUACUCACACAUAUUGUAUGUAACACAUUUAAGUACAAUGGAAAAAUAAAAAUCGAGGAUCAACUUAUGCCUAUACCUAUAUAUAUAUAAUAUAACAUAAUAUGUAUGUAUAAAUAUAUAUAUAUAUAUAUUUAUGUCGCAUCCACACAGUGUAAACGUACAUUCGCAUUUGCAACGUACUUCGAUCCUUAACGUGUAUGAUGUUUUUAAGUUCAUGAAAUGGACACAAAUAGUAUCCAUUUCGAUACAUAGAAAAUCUUUAUUUUACACUUCGUGUAAUUUUUUUAUUAAAUUUACACGAUGUGGAUACAAUUAAAUGUAACAUGUUAUAAAUACAAUUGAUAUAUGAGUAUUAUACUAAAAUAGGUAGUUAUUAUUAUUUAUAAAUUAAUGCAAUUCAAAACUGCAUAUACAUAUGAUUAAUUAUUAUUAAUUAUUACAAUUUAACGAAUUAUGACAGCAGCUGUUACAUUUGUCCAAGGUUUUGUAACAAAGCAAUAUCUACUUUGGUAUUAAUAUUUACUAGUACCUACAACUUACAUAAAUUUGAAAUAUUAGAGACAGUUCACGCAAAGUUAAUUGUUUAUCAUUAUAUGCCUUUAAUCAUUUUAUUUUAAAAAAAAAAAGUAAAUGUUAUAGUUUUCAUAUUUGAUGAACUGUAACAUCCUCUUAUUAUUUCAUGUUUAUUUCUAUGUUAGGUAACCCAUGCUAAUAUUAAUUCAUUAUAAUUUGGCAGGAUCUGAUGUUCUACGAUUUACUAUGACAUACAAACGAUACUAAAAAAAAAGAGCUAAUAAUGAGGACGGGUGUAUCAUUGUUGUGAGUGGGAAGUUUGGAAUAACAUUAACUUUACAUUAGCACCACCACCACUGUAAACAUUGAUUUACACAGGUGGUUAGUUUAGGUUUCAUAGGUGAUUUUUGAGUGGUGUACAAAUUCAAAAUUUGCGAUUACAAAUGUGUAAAAAUAGAAUAACAAUUGUUGGUGAAGGUUUUGAGUCGAUAGGUAUACUGUACAAAAGGUAGGGUGCUGGUGUAACGUUACAUAAUAGUGUAAAUUUGCUAACGAAAUUCCAAGUUGGAGGUGUUGAUGUAACUGACUUCAUAUGUAGGUAUUAAGUCACAAUCAUCAAUUAUUUCAAAAUCAGAAAUUUUCAAUUUACUGAUCUGAAAAAUAAAAAGUAGAAAAAAUGUUUUAAAUAAAUAUACGAGUAUAAUUUAAAAAAAUUAUAACAGGCAUUCAACAUUUUUCAGUAAUUUUUUAUUGUCAUGUUUGUUGUAAGGUAACGUUAUUUGUUAAUUUUUAUUUUUUUCAUUAGAUUCACAUUAGUAGGUAAUUUGCGAUUUACCUAAUGAUACCGGAAAAAUCGAAAACUUAAGUUGUUAUUUUUAAAUUACAAAUGCUACAGUAUUAAGUGAUUUAUUUAUAUUAUCAGGUUCAUGUGUAAUAUUGUUUAAAAUAUCUUUAAGUUUUCUUCAGUAGACAGAGUUUUUAUUAUUUUCGUUGGAAUACUUGAUGAAGACGAUCCAAGUCUUUUAUCCCUAAAGUCAAGGAAGCAUUGAGAGGAGUAUUCAAGGCAUUGGAAAUAUGACUUAUAUGCUCAUAUGAAAAAAAAACAAAUCUCAAAAAUAGUCAUUUGGUUUACAAUUUAUACAAUUUCAAAAAAAUUCCUCUUUCCACCGAAUAAUUAGAUAAUCACCAUAUCAAUCGCCUCUAUUUGCAGAAGUGAUCCAAAAAUUGGUUAACUCGAGUCAAUUAUGCCGGGGCACCAACAUGUAAAUGAUCGUGAUUUAACACCCAAAACACAUCACCGUCGUCAAGUUCACGAACACUGCUAUGAGUCUACAUAAUAGACGUGCGUGAGAAUCCGAACUCAAUGCGAAUGAUGUGAUAAAAAAUAUUCGACUACGUUACUACUAUUUACCGACAUUGAAUCACGAUUAACUUUCACUCGUGUAAAAUUUGGAUAUUAUUCUGCAUAUUGUAUACUAUUAUACGUUUUAUCUCUGAUACGAUUACAUUUCUAUCCGUUGUUCCGAAUUCGACAAACACGACUAGUUUUGAACAAUACAUACAAGAUAAACGCGUUAUUUCUAUUUGCAAACACUGUAAUUUAUCGUAUACAAAUCUAUGCAACAUAGAUAAUAAUAUAAUGUGUAUGGUACACGUUACAAAGCGAAAAUUGAAAUAAUAUAUUAAAUUAUAAUUAACGUGCUGUCAAAUAGUACGAAUUUAAUUUUUUUACUUUUCACAUUAACAAAUACUAUACGUUUCGUGAUUAAAUACUAUUUUUUUUUUUUCAUUUCUUAAUAUAUUAUUCCUGAACAACAAAUAUGUUUACCAAAUAUUGGUAAAAAAAAAAAAUAAAUCAAUAUUGCAGUUCAAUGGUAGACCGUUGAUGUAAGUGACCAAGUUUAUUAUAAUAUUCUAUAUGAAAACGAAAAAAGAUUUUGAGUUGAGUAGUAUUUUACAAACGUGAUAUUACGCUUGAUGCCUAAGUAACCUGGGAAUCAACAAAAACCAAAAAUUGGAAUUUUUGUCUGACUAAAAAAUUGUUUUUAAAAAAAAUAUCAGUAAUUGAAAACAAUUUUUCAAAAAGAAUAUCAUCAGUCAGAAAAUCCAACACUUGUAAAAUAUACGGCAUAGACAAAUUUGAAAUCACAGCAUUUUUACUAACCGUAAUAGUAUUUUCCGAAAAAAAAAACACAUAUUUGCAAUACUAUAUAAUAGCUUCUAUUCGCGUUUUACUCAAAAUGUAUAUAAAAAAAAUAAUAAUAAUAACAAAUCUUAGGUAAUUUACGUACGUAGUAUACAUAUAUUCCGAGUACGCAAGAAUAAUAUUAUUGUAUUGUUUGAAAAACGAAAUUUAAAGAAACACUUAGAAAACUAAUUAAAUAUGACAAUAAUUAAUAGACGGCUAGGUUGAGAGCCAGAACUCGCGGUUUUUAAUAUAAGAUUUUCGAUUUCUUUCGGUAGGUCGGUAAUUAUUUUGUAAACAUCAAGCGGAACGAUAAUUAAGCGCAUGCGAGAUUACGAUUUACGAUUAAAUUAAAAUAUUUAAAUAUACUUGCUUUGAUCUACAUUUUACGUCGUUUUAACUAUAGAAUUAUAUUACCUACCUUGCAUAAUAAUAAUAAUACAUUUUUAUUUUACCCUUCCGAUAAAUUCAUAGUGUUUCCAAGGUAUACGAAAUUGGAAAUACGAAUAACUCAGUUAUUUUUAAUUAUUAUUAUUAUUUUUUUUUAUUUUUUUCAUUAGACAACCACAAUAUACUUACUACUCGUUUCCUACGUGAUAAUUAAUCGGAAAAACGUAUGAAAAUAUUAUAAUAACAAAAGUACGUGGCGAAUAUUAUUAUCAACUUGGAAUACAUUUUUGUCCACAGACGAGAUUAAAGAAAAUUGUAAAUAAUAAUAUAAAUUGAAAAAUGUUUUUUUACGAACAUUAUUACCUACCUAUUAUAAUAUUUUAUUUGAUAAUAUUUAAUCGUUUAUUCUCAGUUUUUGGAAUGGAAACCGUUUGACCGGUCUCAAAAGAUUUAUCACGUCAUAUGUUUUCAAAUAAUCAAUUAAUACUAACGUUUACAGAUUUCGUACACAUAUAGCCGGCGGACCAAUAAACUUCCGAUAAUAUCGCCAGACCUGCGAGUGUAGUAUUAUAAGCGACUGUGAAUUAUUUAUCUUAUAUCAUAAAUGCAUAUUAAUAAUAAUAUGUAUUUAUUAUGCAUUCUAAAGAAACGGACGAAAAUCAACUACUUUGAAGGUUCUUCACCACUCAGUCCUAUAUUAUUAUUAAUAUAUUAUUGUAUUCAGUGUCGUAUUCACGACUUUUUUUUAGUAGAAGCGUGGUGGUUACACUAAUACUAUUUAGAUGGCUGAGUCUAUCUAAAUAAUUCAAUGCCCACUUAUAUUAGAGAAGUGAUAUGUUUUUAAAAAACUGGUAAACAAAUGAAAAUUUUUACUGCUGAAACGAUAAUUUAUAUUUUCACCAAAAAACCAAAAAUAUAAUAAAUGUAAACUUUUGCAAUAAAGAAAAAAUAUCAUUUGGUACGUAUUUUUUUAAUAAGUACUAUGAAAUCCCAUGACAGUAAAUUAACAAACCGUUAAAUCGAUUUUUUUUUUUUACCAGGCGAGUUCAUAAAGCAAUUUUACUGCCCGUCAAAGAUAAUAAUAAUAUUAACAUUUUAAUACGCAUAUACUAAAAUAUUAUCUAUAAAACUUACAAAAAAAAAAACCACGAUGUCUUUUAAUUAAAAUCCCACAACAAUAAACAAACCGAUAAAUCUUUUUUUCUUAUUUGAGAAUUUAAUGAGAGUUCUCAUAACAUUAAUAUUAUAAUAAUUUAAGAUUAAAAUAAAAAAUUUCCGGAAGAAGUAAAACACCUUUGUACAAUACUAAGUACCUAAUUUAAAAAAAUAUUAUCCGUCUACCUACGUAAAUACGAAUUAUAAAUAAAACAAAUAUUUCGAUUGGGCUAGCAAAUUUUUUUUUUUCGUUCACAAUUUCGAGACAAAUACUAGAUACUGUCAUUGUGCAAACACAAUGUGUUCUUUAUACUUUAAGUAAUACUACAUUACCUUGACCACUUACUGAAACAACACGUGCGGAAAAAUGACAAUAUUAUUGCAUUUAGGUAUUUUUAUGCACGCAAUAUAAUAUAACAUAUUGUUUUAUAUAUUCCAUUCUUAAAGAUAAUCAUAUUAUAUUUCAAUAUUACAAAUACAAACAUGCGGUCUUCUUACAUUAACGCAAGUGGGUAUAUUUUAGUAGUAACUAUGUAAGACACAUCAAUAAUAAACCUACAUUUUUAUUCACUUCAUUUUUGUUAGGUGUGAAUUUGCAAACAUGUAUUACGAAUGCAUAUAAAGAAUCUAUACAGUAAACGCCUAACAGUAAGUGGUCAGAUGUUUUAGAGGAUAACGGAUAUCGAGGGAAGAUAGGUGAUAAAGCAAGUGUAUACCGUGACACAUAGAGGAAUAAAUAGUUGGACAUCGCGUUAAUAAGAACGUGAGGAAGGUCAUAUAAGAGGAAUAAGGCACAGAUAAUAUAUUAUCAUAGGAGUGACAAUCUUCAUUUAAGUAGACGGUUAAAAUGUUCUUUGGGUCAACCAUCAGAGUUUAAAUAAUUAAAUUAAUCGUAAAUAAUACUGAUUUCAUGAUUACCUGAAUUCAAAAUAUUUGCGUCCAUUAUAGGUACUAAUAAUAAAAUUGUUAUCAUAAUAUUAUUUUACUGAGUUAACUUAAAAUAUAAAAAUAUUCCAUGAGAGGUUUUACUUAUUAAAAAAAAUUAUGCAACGAAUGACAUUUAUUCUUUGUUAUAAAGUUUAACCCUUUCUAUAUUUGUAGUGUAAAAUGAGAUUAUUCCAAUUAUCGUUUUCAAUCCAUAAACAAAAGUUCAUUAAAAUAUAUUUGGAACCUGCAUAGAUAGUUGUCAACUGAAGAACUUAAUACAAAUGCAAUUUUAAAUUCUCUAUACUUGCUGGCUACUAUUACUAAAGUCCAAAUGUCGUUAAAGUGUUCAAAGACAAAAAUAAAAUGAAACACAAAAUAAGUACUUACUCGAACCGCGCUUGUGUGCAAAAGAAAGACUAACCGCUAGGCAUUUGCAACUUACGAAUCAAACGAUAAGGCCUCCGACAGUUUACCAAAUUAUUAAAAUUAAGCUUGAGUUUAAAUUUAUCCUAACCUUACUAACUACAAACGACUUUUGCUAUAAUGACUAGUACCUAAGGUUCAUUCAAAAAAUAUUAUGAUUAGUCUUUCUUUUGUUUUUAAGCGCCGUUCGGGUAGGUAUUUUCUUGUUUCUUUCGUUUUAGAUUACACUUAUACGCUUGUAGAAUCGAUAUUUUAAUUCGAAAUGAUAUUCUAAAAGGAAAUUGUUCACGGAACCCAUAAAUAAUUCACAUGGAAUCCCAGGGUUCCGCAGAACACAGUUUAAGAAACACUGAUAUAACCGCUGUUUGACUUAGUUUUCCCAAAAACAGCAGAGCCUACGAUUGUUUUAUAAGAAAAAAGUACAAGCAGUUUUUGUAUGUAUUUGAUUUAAGUUUAAUUAGUAAUUGAUUAUAUUAUGGAAUUAUAAUAGUUAUAGUAAAUAAAUAUAUAAAUAAAAAAUAAAAAAUGAAUAAAUGAAUUAAUACGUUGCCUGGUAACGAUAAUUGUAAUAUAGGUACGACUGGUUUUAAAUUAAAUUGUUUUAUCAUCAUCAGGUAUAUCACAGUCAAAAUGUAAAACGCGAAUGAAUAUAAAAAAUUAAAUUAAGGAAUACUUAGAAGAAAAAAAAUUAUACAAAUUGGUCAUUUUACAUAGAAUAUAGAAUUUAUUUUAAUAAGAGAGAUUAAUUAUAAUGGGUCAUUAUUAAAUAUAGAUAAAAUUAUGUUAAGAAAUAUAAAUUAUUUGGUUAUUAUAUAUUAUCUAAAAUAUAUUAACAUAAGAUAUUUUUUAAAAUCGGUUUGAACAUUUAAAAAAUUAUUAAAAUUAUUUCUCUUUAUUUCAUUGUGUACGUGUAAUUCUUCUAAAACUAAAUUAAUGUAAAUGUUAUUUAGGGUAUUUAAUAUUUCUAAGUCUAUAUUGAUAUCAAAACCUAUAUUAUGACUAUUUUCUAAAACAUGUUCAGCGAAAUUUGAAUUAGGGGCAAUGUUUUUUAAUUUUAUUUCAGACAUGUGUUCUUUAUAUCUUAUUUUAAAAUUUGUACUUGCCUUACCUAUACAUUGCCUUAACUAACAUUUAAAUUUAUACAUUACAGCAUUUUCAAAAGAAUGGGGAUUUUUGUGAAGUUUUUAGUUCUAUUAUUUAUAUGUUUGAUUAAAUUAUUAUUAGUCUUAAAAGUGAUUUUUACAUUAUUUGUAUUAUUGUUCAAAAUUUUAGCGAAUUCAUUAUAUUAUUUUAUUAUUUCGAUAUUUCAUACACAAUAGUUAAUAACAUUAUUUGGUGAGUUGUGUAUUAUUUUUUUCUUUAAUACGUUUAUAAUUUUUUUUAAUAGUAUUUAAUUUGAAAUUAUUUCUAUGGGCUAUAUUAUAGAUAAUAUUGAGCUAGUGUUGAUAAUUAUGUUUAUUUAAUGGAAUACGUUUAAGCCUAUAGAAUAUUGAAUUAAAAAAUGAUAUUUAUUGAGAAUAAGGGUGAUUAGAAUCUUGUAGUAUUAUAGCAUCAAUUUGUGUAGGUUUUCUGUAAAUACUAAAAUCAAAUUAGUAAACAUAUUAAUAUAAUCGUAUAAUCGUAACAGAAAUUCUCGAAUAUUUCGAUACGUUAUAUUUCCGUAAAUGGAAAUAAAACAAUAACUUUCUCUUUUUUCCGCUACUCGCGAGAUAAAAGGCUUCUUUUUGAUUUUCCGGUUAGGAUUUCCACAGAAUCUUUUUGAAUUUAAUGAAUUUAAUAAAAUAGAGUUAACACUAUGUCAAUGUAGAGACUACCGACUUUUGUAUGAAUUUACCAUCCCCCGGUAUACGUACACAUAAUACAUAAUUGUGUAGGUAUUAUAGGUAUUAUAGGUAUUCAGAAACGUAUAUUUACAAAAAAAAUGAAAUACAGGAACAUCUUGCAGCCUAAGUUACUGUCCUGAUUUUUCUGUGCUUGGUUCGUUUAAGGAUGCUGAGAAAUUUUAUUGAAAUUGACUCAUAGAAAAAUACUUCACGUUAUCGCUGCCGAUGAAACGAAUGUCAAUGUUUAGCAGAAUUUAAUAAAACCCAUUGAACUGCAUAACAUAAUUUCUCCCGCAGGUUGUUCGAGGACAAUACUUAUAGAGGGACAUCCAGUCCCAAGUAUUACGACGAAUAUCCGUCGGGAACAGAAGAAAUUGGAGAGUACAAUGACGUGUUUAACGAAUUCCGUGUGUAUUGGAACGUGCCUACUUUCCAGUGUCAUAAGUAUGGGUAUAACUUCACCGAAGUAGCUGAAUGGGGCAUACAACACAACGCAGAUGACUCAUUCCGCGGCGACAAGAUUAGCCUUCUAUACGAUCCAGGUCUGUUCCCGGCCUUAUUGCAGGGAGGUAGUUCCUCGCGUGAUUACGUCGUCAGAAACGGUGGCGUACCUCAUGAGGGCAACCUUACCAAACAUCUGGAUCUGUUCGCCCAAGAACUGGUUAGCAGACUAAUUCCGGACCCGAAUUUCUCCGGUAAGCGGUCUUCUUAUCCGGAUAUAAUUUAAACAAAGAGGAUUAUCCAGAUAAAGAUUAAAAAUGUCUGUAAUGAAAAAUGUCUAGAGAUGUAUGCUUAAAAUAAUACAUUUUACAGCAUAAUAUUUCAUACAGCCCAUAAAUUUAAUUUAAUAAAUUUGAAGGGAUCUAUAAGGGUGUUCAAAACUAAAAACAAACCUACUUCUCCUGCAACAAUAUAAUAUGUAGAAAUCUAUAUUUAAAUACAACCUAACUAUUAUUACUUCUCUCUAUCUACAAAACAACACUAAUUCUUGAGUUUGAACUUAUUUGAAGCAGAGGAAAAAGAUAAAUACUUGUAUAUAACAGACACAUUACAAUCUCUCUUUUCGGGGGAAAUUCGAGAAAAAAAAUUGUAGACAAGGUAUGACAUAAUAAAGUGUUCAUUGGUAUUUGUAUUGAAUUUAAAAAAAACAACAACAAAAAACUAUUAAUUAUGUUUAGGGUUAGCUGUUAUUGAUUUCGAACACUGGCGUCCUAUAUAUGAUGAAAAUUUUGGUUCAUUAAUGAUGUACAAAGAUUAUUCUAUGGAUCUCGAAAAAUACAAUCAUCCCUUUUGGCAAAAACAAGAUCUCCAAAAAGAGGUAUCUAUGUCUCUAUAGUAUUUAUUAAUUAAGAAAUAUACUGUGUAAAUUCUAACCUUGAACUACUUCUAUACUAUUCUAUUCUAUCUAAUACCCACGGAGAAAACAAAUUAUAAGUGGUUAGGUGACCCUUUCUAUGAUUUAGACCGAUGUUUGAUUAACUUCAUAUAGAUUAGUAAUAAUUAACAUAAUAUUCGCGUUUUAUGUAAUUGACUGUACAAUUAACCAAUAACGAAGAGACUAUAAUCUACGUUAUGUGAUUGUCAGUGUUAAUUGAUUAAAUUAGAUUACCGACGAAAUAUAAACCUAGUACAAACAGUCCAACCUAUACCAAAAAUUAUUAUAAUUAUUGACUAAGUAAUAGUAUUAUUGAGGAGCGACUUGAGAGUAUGUUAAGGAAACAUAGCCGGUUUAGAAGUAAAUAAAAAUGAAAAUAAAUUUUAGAUUUUAAAUAGAGCGAAAAAGCUUAAUAUUGUUUUACAGUGAUGUUUUUUGUUUUUAUUAUUGUUUUUUUUAUCUGUGAACAACUUUUCUACCAGCAUCCAAUUUACAAUAAUAAAACUUUUUCCGAAAGGAAAUUUGACUAGGGAGGUACUUUAGAAGUCAUUUUUUGAUUUUCUUAGGAGUUUUCUAAAUAUAUUGGAAACACCGGAAUAAACGAAGGAAAAACGGGAGAACGGAAAAAUAGGUAGGUACAAUAUUAAACAAAUUUUAUUAAAAAUAAUAUUUAAUACAUAUGUAAUUAUUUUAUCAUAAUAUGACAUAUAUAUUGUUGGAAAAGCUACACUAUCAUCUGAACUCCACUAUAAGAAUCGUUUUUUCAUGCAUUGAUUUCAGCAAUGGUUAAUCGUUACUUACAUAUAUACAUUAAAUUCCCCCCUGUAUCCCUGUAUCUUCUCAACUUCCCACCUACAAGAAUGUUGCACUCUCGUUCGAAGUAUAUCCGUAUUUUUUUAUUAAACUGUGUAACUUUAAUAACUGACUGCAUUACAUCCUUAGACGCUCCUUCAAUUUCCCCAACAGCUACAAGUAUAUAAUCUAACUUUAAGUAGAAAUUUUCCAUAAGUUGUGUUUCACUUGCAAAUGUAUGUGUAUCAAAAACGUUGUGUGUCAUUUUUCCUAAAAAAAUUUACUCAAUGUUUUUCAGACAUUUUCUGUAACUAUUAUACUAGGUAAUGAAUUAAAUGCCGUCAUACCUACCUAAAACUAUGAUACUAUACUAUUAUCAUAACAAAAACAGGUACAUUACUUUGUCCUCCCCCUCAUAGGCGUGCACACAACUUCGGUGCAGGUACAAGUAAUAUUAGUAAUAUUGUUGGUACUUAUAUUGUAUUAAAUUUAUAUAAAUACCGGAGUAAUACAAAAAAUAAAAAAAUCAAAAUGAUAUUAAAAAAAUUAAUUUUUUGUCAAUAACAAUCCAAAUCUUAUCUAUCCUGACGCUGUAACAUUUAGGCGUAAAUCAAUAUUGAGUUACCAUCAUAUAUAAUAAAUAAACGUCUAUGACUACGGUCUUAUCAAUGAAAUAAUAUUAACUAAUGAAUAUAUAUUCUGUGUCUUAUAUUCACAGAUAUUUUACAAAAAAUGUCGUAUUAAAAAAAAGUUAGGAAACCAAGAUACAAGGAAUUAAAUAUUAAUACGGGUACGGCACAGACCAUAUCCAUAUCCAUGGGCCGUAUCCGUAUACGCAUUACGCAUAAGCUCCCCCUUCAAUUUGGUUUUUAAAAAAAUGUUUUCGUCAAUGGUUUGUAAACAAUUUUUAUCGUUUUGUAACAUUAUUAUAGUUUCGUUUGCAUAAAUGUGAUUACAUUUUUUAAAAAAAAUUUGAUAAGGGGAUAGGAAAAAUUUAAAAAUAUAAUUUAUACUCAUAUUUAGUUUAAUAUUAUUAUUUUAACUUGUAGGUAGGCGAUCAUCAAAAAUCAAUAAAUAUACGGAUAAUUAACAGAAUUUAUUUAUUAUAAUAGAUGUACCUUUGUUUACACCGAAAAUAUUAUAAUAUCACAAUUUUUAAAACAUAGGUUGUUUGCAGACAUAUAAUAAAAUAUGAGAAUUUUAGCUUGGUUACAUUUGACAAAUAUUACCCGUUAAUUAUAAAACAGCAUGAAAUAUUUUGUACCAACGCGUUAUCAGACUGAUAAGUAAUUAGAACUACAGGAAUUACAUUUCUCGUAAAAAUAAUUAUAAUAAUAUGUGUUAAAAAAAAAAAAUCAAAUCAAAUAAUAUUGAUUUGUUAAGCUCAAUAUUUGUUAAUGUUAAUAUUAAUAUUAUAAUGUAUGAUAUUUUUCUUAUAACGUGUGGACUGACUUAUCAAUAUAUUUUGGGUACCUACAGAAUACCUCUACUUGCUCAAUACAUGUUUUUUUACAAAUGUAAUGGAGAAAAUAUUCUCAGUAUAUUUAGGUUAUAUACAAUCUAAAAGAAAUUUAAAAUAACUCAAAUAAAUCACAGAGUAAUAAAUUAAAUAAAUAAAUAAAUAAUAUUAGAAAAUGCAAAACAUAAUUCCAUACAUUAUUAUCUUUUAUGUACAUAUACAGGAUGUAACACGAAAUUAAAUAACUUUUGUUCCGUUUAAUAUUAAUAAAUUUUGUUUACUUAUUAUAAUUUCUUGUCCUAUAAAUUCCUAUAUCUAAUAUAUUUAUACAACUAAAAAUAAAAAUAAAAAUUAUUUAAAAAUUAUUUCUACAAAAUCCAAGAUUUGAUUAUAUUUAUAAUAUUUAUAUAUUUUAAAACAAAAUGUUCGUAUUAUAAAUGUUUACUAGUGAUGAAUCGUUAAGUUUCUACAAUUUAAUGAAAGUUAAUCAUUUAUCAUCAUGCAAUUUUUUGGUAAUUGAUAAUUGAAACCAUAAACAAAAAAUAAAAUACACACAAAUUGUGUUAUUCAUCUAAAAUUGCUGCUUGCAAACUGGACAUUUUUUUUUUUGUGAAAUAUAAUUCGAUAGUAUUGUUACACCUGUACAAAUGAAGUAUAAAAAUAUCUACACCCGAGAAAAAAAUACUUUUUUUGGGCCAUCCUAAUGUUGAUAAUGGUAUGAUGAGUUUAUUUUAUAUAUUUUAUUAUGUGUCUGUAAACAACCUUUAUUUUAAAAAUCAUGCUAUUAUAACAACAGGUGUAAACAAGUAUAUUAUAAUAAGUAUAGUCUGUUAACUAUACGUGUAUUUAAUUGUUUGUUAUGAUCAUUAAUGACCUAAAUACCUAUAAGUGAAAAUAAUAAUAUCAAAAUAAAUUUGUGUACAAAAUUAUAUUUUUAAAUUUCUUUUGUCCCUUAUCAAAUUUUGUUUUCAGAAUUGCAACCAAAUCUAUACAAACGAAACUAAUAACGUUGCAAAACGAUACAAAUCAACUAUAAACAAAUGGUGAAAAUAUUUUUUAAAAAAACCAAAUGGGAAAGACCAGGGAAAUAUACCUGAAAAAACGCUUCCUCAAACUCCGUGUAAAAAAUGACUAAGUAAAAAAAAUAUAUAUAUUUAUAAUAUAAAAGAUCAGUAAAAAUGACUAUAAGAUUUGUUUUAUAUAUAUUUUUUUCUUUUUGUUUUUUUUUUUUAGGCAUCAAGAAAAUUUGAAAAAUCGGCUUCACAAUUUCUUAUACGAACGCUACAAAUCGCAAGAUCGCUGAGACCAUACGCAUCUUGGGGAUACUACGGAUAUCCGUUUUGUUUCAACUAUACGCCCAAAAACAACCGAGCGAAAUGUUCGGAAAACGUAAUGAAAAAUAACGAAAAGUAAUACAUACAAAUAUUAAAUAGUACAGGUAUUCAUAAUAAUAUUGCGAAAUGAUUAAAUAUAUUACGAGUUUGUUAAAAAAUGAUAUUAAUAAUAUGAUAACAGACAUUAGUGAAAAAUUUGUGACAUUACAUAGGGAAAAGCGCUUUGUUAAAACAGAUACAUUUUUUUUUCAACAACGAACAAAAACACGACGGUUAUUUGAGAUUUUCACGGUGACGUUUUUUAUCUUUGGUAUCUAUUAAAACACGGUAAAUUGGUCGAAAUUAUAUUUGAAUAACUAUAAUACUUGGUAUAUAAAUUAUAUAACCAUCAGUUUUAAUCUAUAUACUUAUAUAUAUAUAAAAUUGAAGAGUUGUCUGCUUGUCCUCGGGCCGAUCUCAGAAACUACUGAACCGAUUUUGACGGUAUUUUCACGGGCAAGGAGUAAUCAAGACUACUUUUAUCUCGGAAAUAUUUGUUUCCGUGAAAAAUAAUUGAAAUUAAAGAUAUGCCUAUAAUAGCUGUAAAUUAUUUGGACUCUAUUGUCACCGUAGCACGUUGUCGCCGUAGUCCAUAAAGCUGUAGUCGUGCAGUUGCUAUCCCCAGUACGCAUGCGCAUUUACAAUGCGCUUGUCUAUUCAUGAAACACAGUAUGUGAGCAUUCUUAUCAAUUUUUAUGUUUUGAUAUUAUUCUGAUCGAAAUUAAUUUACGCCGAUUUUUUUUACAAUACUUUUUGUCGAAAUAUUUAAAUUCUCUCAGAAAUUAAUCUUUGAAAUUAAUAAUAAUAUAGUCCUGUGUUACUAUUACUACUAUUGUACUACUAAAAUGCCUUUACUGUGCAAUUUGUGAACUGUGACUUACGUGUUUUAUGAAUAGACAGCCGAAUGCUUUGUAAUAAUUUCUCGUUGUCCCUAUAAUUACACAAAUCGUGUUUGAAUAAAGCGUCGUUGUGACCGUUUAUUAUUUAUCUAUAAAAGGAAGUGUGUUUGAUAAAAUUGAAAAUUUUCAUACCUUUGCGUGCGAUAGAUUCGGACGUAGAUCGCGCAAAGCCGUGCGAGACAUCUAUAUAGUUAUAAAUAAUUAUUAUGGUAUACUUAUUCGAAUGUAUAAUAGAAUCGAGCUGAUAUGGUAAAAUAGUUUUUACUUUUAUAAUCGGUAAUAGUGUUAUUAUCCUUAUGGUUACUAUAAUAAUUAUCAUUUAUUAUUAGGCAUAAUACCCAUAUAUAGUCGUUAAGUUUUAAACGUUAAUAAUUAUUCGUCUGAUGACUUUAUUGUGAUGCCAGUAUAUCACCACAACUUGCGUGUCUUUGUACUAUUAAAAAUGGAUAUUACAGUAAUGUAUUAUUGUAAGUAUAUGUACACGCUACACCGUUUGUGUAUUUUUGUUUUCUUUGGAAAGCAGGUAAUUAAAAAAAAAAAAAGUAUGAUAUAAACGAUCUACGAUAAUUUCCAACUCGUAAUAAUAUAAAACGUAAACCGUAAUUAUUAAGCUGGCUAUACCUAAAUGGACAUCCGCGAAUAGAAAACGGUAAACUCAAGUAAAAUUUACAAGUAGGUAUACCUACCAACAAUCCCGUACAUAUAUAUAUACUUACUCCGUUAUUUUGAAAAUCUAAACGAACCGUAAAAAAACUAUAGCUACGGUGCACAUACGUUUAAACGACUGUUUAUUAUUAAUAUAAUAUACUUACACGCAUGUGAAAUUUCUCCCGUUAUAUUAUUAUAUUGACUUCAAACUUUACCAAUAUUUUGGAACUUAUUUUGUACUAUUUGGAACAUAGUUUUCUGAAUUUGGAACUUCAUAAUUUUCUUGGAAAAUCAAACUAUAGAUGAAUAAUUUCAACAUUCGUGAAGUGUACAAAUUAUUUAUAUUUCUGCACCAGACCAUGUUAUUGAUGAAGGUUUUAGGUAGAUAAUUUGACUUUCCGAAAAAAGUUUGAUGGUCCAAAUCCAGCAAACUAGGUUCCAAAAUAUUGAUAAAGGUUUGAAGUCAAUAUAAUAUUGACGGGGGCGGAGGGGGGCGCAACUUUACACACAUUACACCUAUAGGUAUUUUAGGGAUUGAUAAUAAUUGUAUAUUAGUGCCUACUUCGUAAUAAUGAUUUUACUUAUUUGAAUCGGAUAACAAUAUUAUAAUUACGUGUCGAAACAUUGGAAAACAAAACAAUUACGUUCGAAUAUAAUAUUUGAAAUUGAAAAAUAAUUACACAUUUUAUUAUCCUGCUACUUUCUGUUCUGACUAUUGAUAUUUUAUAUUUUUCGUGCUCCAUACGAAUAGUCAUAUAAAUUAAAUUGUUUAAAUGUGUUAUUCGUCCGACCCUCAAAUUUUUGUAUAAAAUGUUUGACUUUUUUUUUAUCCAACAUAAUUCGUACCAAAACACACAACCCAAACACGAUCAAGUAUUACAUACGACGUGUGACAUUUUGUUUACUCGUUUAGAACAUCAACGUCUCGCAGUGUUUGUAUAUAAAGUCAAAUCGAGCUGUUGUUGUACCUACGCGUUUUACUCGGCAAUAAUAUUAUGAUUGUUGUUGUUUUGUUUUAAUUUUUUCAAUACAGAUCGAAAUGGCUGUUCGACGAGAGUACGGCGAUUUAUCCGUCUCUUUAUUUCAAAUAUGAAAACAUGAAUUCGGACAAGAGGGCUAAAUUCAUGCAAGGCAGAAUGGAGGAAUCGAUGCGCGUGAUGCAAAUGUGCAACUCGCGAAAAGUCGUGUACCCAUACACGUGGAUCAAAUAUUACGAUACGAAAGAAUUCGUGGACAAGGUAAAUAAUAUAAAUUUUAUGAAUAAUAAUUUAAUGGGCGCGGGAGAAUUAGGGUGUUGUUCCGGUUUUGAAAAUGGUUCAGCGGAGCAAAACUUCUCUAUACAGUUGUGCAUGAACUAUUAUAAAAUAUGUACGCAAUACAUAUUAUAUACCUAGGACAUAGAUAUAAUACAUUUUUAUCGCGAGAAAUUUAUCUGCGGUUUUAUUAAAACGAUUAAAAACUGAGAUAAAGUCGGAAAUAAAUAUUAUUUCAUAAAAAAAAAAAAAAAACUGUAAAAAAUUAUCGUUUACAUAAGAACAAAACACGCGUGUUAUGUUAUAAUAAUAUAAUGCAUUUAAUCCGUUCACGCCGAGUGUUAGGUUACGUUUUGUGAUUUCACUACUUAGCAUUUCGAAAUUAUUUUUUAAAAGAAAAUUUUAUAUAUUAUAUUUGUAAGAGAAAAAACACAUUUUACAUUCGAAGUGUAACUCAGUAUAGCUCUAUUGUUUUGAUAAACCGAUUGCCGUCUAAUCGCAUAAAAAAUAAUAAUAAUAAUUAACUAACAAAACCAUCAUAGCAUUAUAUUUAUUCAUUCGGCAGCUGCUAUCGGCCGAACAUUUAUUUUCUGUUUCGAAAUCGAAGCGCGUAGAACGCAAUUCUGCGAUUACGAGGCUAACAAUAAUUUUACACUGCUCGUUUUAACAAAAAAAAAAAACUGAAAAAGUCCAUAAUUCAAUUAUACGAGACCGUGCGUAUAGAAAUUUGAAUUUGGAAAUCCGGCUUCGAGACGUUGUGGGACCACUCCAGUUUGUCCGCUGCGUGUACUACAUAAUAUUAUGUUUUCCCAAACUAGUGUAUCGCCGCAUAUGGCUGUCUGAGGGUUUUAACUUUUGUUUUUGUGAAAAACUGUUGAUAAUCUAAACAUUAGUUGAAAAAUAUGCAUCUUGACAUAACGAAAAAAUGUCGAUGCGUUUUUAUAAAUCUAAAAGUGGUUAUAUAAGUAUUAAAAUAACACACACGCACACACACAUACAGAAUUCUCGAACUGAAAUCGACUUAGAAAUUUUGCAUAGAGAUUAUCGAAAAGGUAAUUUUGUUUAGUACAAUGAAGAACAAAGAUAUUAAUUGAAGAUGCGUUUUUUUUUCCUUCAAACACUUUUACCAUAGUUAGUAAAACGACUAUGACUUUUUCACGCCGUCAAAAGAUGCAGAUUUUCCCGGGGUUUAGACUUCUUUAGAGAGUGAUAUAUCACCCACAUCACCCACUUUGAUAACGCCACUGAACCUUAAAUGUUACAGAUUUAGGAAUAAAUCUCAAAUAAAUAUUUGUUUUCAUUUUUUUAGAGCCUAUUAGCAUUACCUAGGAAACAUUACGAGGAAGUUGACUUUUUAAUCUCUCAAAAAUAGUUUAGUAAUGGUCAAGUAUUUUUCACAGUUUUAAAAUUGUUAUUUAUUUUGAUCCAUAUGGUGUUUAUAUUUUACAUAUUAUUUACUUUUAUUUUGAUACGAUUAUUUAAUAUUUUUACCAGUGAUGUCGGACUAAAUAUGGAUAAAUACUUUACAACAUCUUUACCGAAUUAAUAUAUUAAAAAUCAUGAAUAAUUUCCAAAUCAGCUAUCUAGUGUUUUAUGUUUCUGUAAACUCAGAAGCUGAUCGUAUAUAAAGACAGUUUAUCGUUUCCAAAAAUGUUUUUCUAGUCUCGUUCCCAGUCACAACAAUUAGUAUACAAUCAUGAAAUGGUAACUUUUUAAAAAAAAAUUUUUUACCCGCACUUACAGGCUGAUCUGAUGAACUCGUUCACUAUACCAAAGGACAACGACGCGGCCGGAGUGAUCAUCUGGGGAGCGUCUAACGACGUGAACACCGAGAGGAAAUGUAAAGCGAUGCACAACUAUCUGACCGGCGUGCUCGGGCCCACGUUGAAAACGUUUUACAAGAACAACCGGAAAGCCGCAAAGAUAAAGAAAGAAAAAGCCAUCGCAACCGUUGCUGCCGACAGCGUAUUCGAUUACUUCGCGUAUUGACGCCGCUACACCGAACCCGCACCAAUUAUUUGUCGUUAUAAUAAUGAUAAGAAUGAUAUCGCCGAGAUGUUAUUAUAUCUAUUAUUGUGUUUACCGCCCUGAGUUACCUAUAUCGUAGAAUAUGUGUGUAUUAACGAUUGCAUCAUAUUAUUACUAUAGUCCUGUUAUGUACAUAUUAUUAUUAUAAUAAAUUAUUAUGAAAUAUUAUA